UGACUUCCUCUGUUAGAUCGAAGCUCGGCUGCGAGGGCACAUUAUAGUCUUCAACCGUACAGCCCUCAGAACAGUUACGAUGCCAGCAACAUGGAUCUCUGAGGCAAACCAUCAUGGAUCAUAACACAUCUUCGCCAGUCAUCAUGGAAAGCCACGCCGCCCAAGUAUACCGGACUGUUAGCCUAGUGUUUUAUGGGAUUAUUUUCAUCAUAGGCACAGUGGUCAACCUGACCGCACUCUGGGUCUUUGCCUUGACCACUAAAAGACGGAACUCCAUCACUGUUUACAUGAUCAAUGUUGCUUUAGUGGACUUGGUAUUUAUCUUACUGCUGCCUUUUCGAAUGGUCUACUACAGUCAAGACUACUGGCCCUUUGGAGACGUGUUCUGCAGGAUCAACGCCGCAAUAACGGUGCUCUAUCCCUGCCUGGCCUUGUGGCUCUUCGCCCUCAUUAGCACAGAUCGCUACGUGGCCAUAGUGCAGCCGCGACACACCCGAGAACUGAAAAGUGUCCGUAAAGCCCUGCUGUCCUGUGCGGGAGUCUGGAUCAUGACCCUGGGCAGCACAGCUCCGCUUGUUCUCCUGGAGGAAGACCCUGACCGCAACACAAACUAUACCACUUGCAUCAAGAUGCACGACAUUAUUUACUUGCGCCGCGACAAUCCCGUCCACUUCGCACGCAUCGUCUUCUUCUUCCUGGUGCCGGUGUGCAUCAUGGUGGGCUGUUACAUAAUCAUCGUGGACAACCUCAUCCACGGCCGCACGUCCAAACUGAAGCCCAAAGUCAAGCAGAAGUCCAUCCGGAUCAUCAUCACACUGAUCGUUCAGGUGCUGGUGUGCUUUGUGCCUUUCCACAUCUGUUUUGUUUCCAUGCUGCUGGCCAGCAGUGAGAGGGGUUACAACACCUGGGGGGCCUUCACCACCUUCCUGAUGAACGCCAGCACAGUGCUGGACAUCAUACUCUUCUACAUUGUGUCGAAGCAGUUUCAGGACCGUGUGAUCAGCGUGAUCUUGUACAGAAACUACCUGAGGAGCGUUCGCAGGAAGAGCCUUCACACCAACAGCAUUCGCUCGCUCAGCAACCUGACCAGUGCCAUGAUCUGAGGAAUAAUACAGCUGAUGGUAGCAAUGUAAACUGAAUGUAAACAUGUCAGUGUUUGAAAUUAAAUUACAGAACUGCAGAUCAAAAUGAAUGAUUAUACUAAAUAGUGAAACUGCUCACAGUAACAGCAGGUCUGCAGUUAAUAUGCAGUCAACUCACGAGACUGGUCACAUGUGCUCCAGUGUCUUCAAUGGCUGCUGCAUUGCAUCACUGCUCAUUUGCAUAAAGUUAAACUUUUAUCAGUUUUGCUGCCAGAUAUGCAUUACCACAGAUGGCACAAUAACUUUAUGUGUGAACACACCCUAUAACAAACUCUUUUUUUCCCCAGUGGAUGUGUUUCAUGCUGCAAGUGCGUGUGCCGUUUUAAAAAUUGAGAGUUUUUAAAAUCGAGUAAAAUUCAAGUUAUAAAUUGGGAUGCUAGAGUUAGAGCCACAUAUAGUGAAAUAUUUAUCAAAUGUUUAAUAGUUUUCUUGUAUACAUAUAAAACAAUUAGGCCAGAAUGGGGAUGCACUGUAAACCCGAGUGCUCAAAAUAAUAAAUUGGUGUUUGAGU